UGUUUUUCAAAUCGUUUUUUGUUCUUUUUGAGCUUUUUCGCCGAAAUCGUUUGGAAACACUGCAACGACGACCCAUUUUUCUUUUGUUUGCACUCAUUUUGAACCAAGUAAUGUCAUCCUCGUCUUCAUCUGCUUCGACUGCGACGGGUGGCGCGCUGCCGCCGAUCGUGGUGGCUGGGCUUGUGGGCUUCACUGUGGUUGACGAGGGCAUCGUGACCAUUGAUCCAAUGCUCCCAGCGCCCUCGUUCCCGCCACCCGCAGCCGCCGCGCCGUCCAGCAGCAGCCACCAGCGGCAGCAGUCCGUCGACUUUAAUGCGCCGGGUGCGCCGUCCAAGACUGGCUCUGACUCGUCGCUCGAUCGUAUUGCCGCACAUGGACCGACGAACGCAAACCCGGCAGACUUGAACGAGCUGUCGUCGCCAGCUGCCUCGCAUCACCCUCAGCGAUCCGUUUACCCGCUCGAGUACCCCGCAGAGCACUACUUUGCUCGGUACUUUUUGAACAAGGAGCACUACAGUUUCGUCGGCAUGAACUCGGCCUAUGGCGCGUUUGCUCUCUCCGUGAUCAAAGAGCACCAAAACAACAAGACCUUUUACCGCUCGUUGCUGUGGACGAAACAGGGCGUGCACCACUCGUACUUUUUGAGACCCAUCUCUGCAUCGAGCCAGCUGCAGGCAGUCGCUGCGCACGUCGCAAAAGAACUUGGCUUGGACAAGCAUGCAUUCAGUAACAUCCAGACAGUGCCAAAGCAACAGCAAGCAGAAUUCUGCGCAGAGCUGCUCAAGCUGGAGGAAAUGUUCAUGCCCAUCCGCGCUUGCAUUGGUGUUGUUGACGGCACGACGUGCGGCCCCAACGCAUCGCUGGACGACAUGAUUGCAUCCAAAACGCCUGCCGCCGAAGCGAACCAGCUGCUCGAUCAGCUUGGCAAGCGCGUCAACCUGGCUGCCAUGGAUCCCAGCUUGGCCAAGUAUGCCGGUCUGACGCAUCUGGGCGAGCCAGGACUGCUCAACACCGUGGAGACUGUGCUGACGCGCAUGCUCGGUGUGGAUAUCGUGUUUCACGUGUCCUUCCUGCUUCCGCUCGAUGGAAAAGAAGGUGGCUUGAGCCGAAAGCGCCUCAUUGGCAAUGACAUUGGCGUCGUUGUGCUCCUCGGCAAGGACGGCGUCUUCAACCCGUCGGACUACUUGAGCAAGGUCAACCACAUCUUCAUCAUUCUGCAAUCGCACGGCGUGAAUGCGCAAAUGCAGCCCGUUUUCCGGCUCGCGGUUGUCUACAGGGACAACGUCCCCAAGUUUGGUCCUACUCUUAGCGAUUCUGUUCUGAGCUGGACCAACAUGCGAGCCUACAUUAUUGCGAAAACCUUGAACGGAAUGCACGCUGCUCGCCAGAACGCCCCCGGAUUCCGACGCGAAGACGUGUACUUGCGCCAACUGGAGGAGCUGCAGUCGCGGUACAGCGAGCGCAUGCGCUCGGAAUCCGUGUUUGUCGAGUUGAUGAACACGGAGACAGCGCCGGCAUCCACGGAGGGCGCGCACUACGAGUUUGACAUGUACAACAGCAACCUUGAUCUGUCGCAGGGCUCUUCGAGCACCCCUGGCAGCGUGUCGUCGCCGCUCCGCAUGAGCAGUGCCGGCAACGUGUUUAACGACUUUUCGUCUGAAGCAAACUCGCCACAUCGAGCAAUGUCGCCACAAGCCAGUGGCGCGGAUGUGUCUGAGCGUGGCAUGCGCAAGAGCAUUAGCACGAGCAAGGUUGAGGGUGCGCUAGCUGCCGCUCGUCGAAAUGCCUCGCGCGAAAAUUCCGGUCUGAGCGAGGCAGCCAAGCGCGAAGAGGCCGAGCAGCCCUCCAUGCGCAAGAGCAUCUCUGUCAGCAAACUCGGACCCAAAGAUGCUGGAGCAGCCGGCGGCACUGGUGCCAAAUCCAAGGACGGCACGCCGCCGCGCAGUCCAGCCAGCACAUCUGCCGCAGUCUCAUUUGCGCUUGAAGCAGUUGAGCUUGUGCAGGCUGACGAUGACGAUGUCGCACUGCCGAGCAUUUCCGAAGACCUGCAGGACAUGGCCGACCUGGACGAUGAUCGGCCGCACGUGACAUUCGGCGGAUGGGAUAUCAUGUCUUAUGACGACGAAGAGGCUUACCACGACGCCACGCUUGGUGAUCUCACUCGCAAGCUCGGUGAUCUCGACGAAGAACAACGCGCGUACAUUUACCGCAUGAUUGACAUGGAGAGCGACGUUCGAGCCAACGAACUCCUCGAUGAUGACUUUUUCUCCUCCAUGGCCACCCUCGAACACACCACCUAUGUGGACCUGCCGCCGAGCUCGGAAGGACACGGGUUUGCAUUCGAGGAAGGUGCCGACCAUCUCUUCGUGGUGAGCGUGACUCCAGGUGGAAUUGCUGAAACGGCCGGGCUCUGCAAGGACGACAAGCUGCUCAGCGUGAACGGCGUCAAAGUCAAUGAAAGCAAUGUGGGCACCGUCGGAUCGUUGCUGCAGCAGGAAGACACGGCGUUCGAGCUGCUCAUCUCGCGUCCGCUGUCGCUGGACGCCGACGAAGCCUUCCAAGAAGCCAAUCCCGUCAGUACGCUGGUCAAGGCAUGGCUCGCUGACAAGAAGGACAGCAUCUGGUCGGAAAAGAUUGUCGUUGGGAAAAACCUCCUAUUCGAGGCCGCGCCUCCUGCUGUUCCGGCCAACGUGCGCUCCCGCAGCAACAGCACGACCGCUUCGCCACGCACGUCGGUGACGUUGAUGCCACCUGCAUCCCCGUUGUCUGUCACUGCCGAGGCUGCCGCGCCCGAUUCGCCUGGUGCGGCGGGCUCGUCCGUAGCCACCAUGAAGUCGGCGCCAACGGAUGGACACGGCAAUUACCUGCCAGUCGCCGGAGGCACGGUGAAUGCGCUGAUUGCGCAUUUGACCUCGGCGAACGACCCUGCCUUCACGGAUGUCUUUAUGCAGACAUACUCGUCUUUCACAACAAACGAAAUCUUGCUCAAAAAGCUCUUCCAAAAGUACUACCAGCCCUCGAGUUCCUUGGCGCUGGAUGGCUCGUCGCGCACAUCCUUCCUCGUGUGCAACGUCCUGAAAAAGCUCAUCACAGAUCACUGGGACGAUCUCACUGGCAAGGAGUUUUUGCUAUUGCGUGAGUUCUUGGUGCAAGCCAUGGCCAAAAAGGGCUCGAGUGGCAAGGGCGAGAGCGCGGUGAUGACGCUGCUUGUCGACACGAUCAAAAACUACGAUCGGCCGCGGUUGCUGGGCCUGGACUUGACUGACGGGCACUCGGGCCGAGCCAACGUGCUCGACUUUAGCGCAAAGGAUGUCGCUCGCCAAAUUACGCUUCGUGAUUCGAUUGUCUUCCGGCGCGUGCGUGUUUCCGAGCUGCUGGGCUCGGCCUGGAGUCGCGAGGACCGCCAAAUGACCUGCCCCAAUCUGAUGGCCCUCAUCAAGCAAUUUAACGAGGUGUCGCACUGGUGCUCGACGUCCAUCUUGAACGAGCCGACUGCAUCGGGUCGCGCUGAUGUGAUUACAAAGUUCAUCAAGCUGCUCAAGCACCUCUUCUCGCUGAACAACUUUUGCUCAAUGAUUGCCAUCAUUGCCGGCCUCAAUUCUGCCGGUGUGUGCCGUCUCAAGUCUUCGUUCGCGCUCGUGUCCAAGCGUCUGAUGGCCUCCCUGGUGGACCUCACGACCCUGAUGUCGUCGCGUGGAUCGUACUCCAAGUACCGCAUCUUCCUGUCCAAAGUCAAGGGCGCCUGCGUGCCGUACGUCGGUCUGUACCUGCAAGACCUCACCUUUAUCGAAGACGGCAACCCGAACAAGAUUGGCACGGCUGCGCUGCCGCUCAUCAACUUUACCAAGCGACGACAGGUGUUUGAGGUGGUUGACCGCAUCCGAAACUUCCAAGGCCAGUGCAACUACAAGAGCAUCAAGCCCAAUGCCAAGAUUCUGGGCAUGAUCAACGGGUUUAAGCGCAUGUCCGAGGAUGAAAUGUACAAGCUGUCGCUUGAACGCGAGCCCAAAGUGAGCGGAACGGGACGCACCUCGUUCUCUGCGUUGACCAGCAACAGCCAUUAAGGUUUGGGAUUUUAAGAGAUGGUUUUGUUUUCGACGCGGGGUUUUUCAGAUGGACAUUGCUUUUUGUGCAUUUGUGUAGUAAGAGUGUUUUGUUCUUUGGUUUAUUGUUACAUUGCCCCGAGUUGCCUUUGUUGAUUUUUUUUUUUCCUUUCUUUCUUUCUUUCUUGUG